UCAAGACAAGAGCUUCCAAACUUGUCAUCUCUCUGUGACACAAGCCGCGUACAACCCAGGGGAUAAAACCGCCACUUAGCCCACAUGAGAGCUAAAGCCUGUUGAGCGUGGUUGGAGGCUAGAGCGAAGUCAUGGAUUCUGUAGCUCUUCAGCUGUGGGCUCUCCUCUCUCUCUUGGUUCACCUUGCCUCUUGCAGUCCCAUCCUGAGCUUGGAGCACUCUUCCUUGGAGGAAGACGUGCCACUUUUCGACGAGGUCCUCUCCGAGCAGGAUGGUGUUGAUUUCAACACACUGCUUCAGAAUAUGAAAAAUGAGUUCCUGAAGACAUUGAACCUCUCUGACAUUCCCCUGCACGAAACGGCCAAGGUGGACCCACCAGAGUACAUGCUAGAGCUGUACAACAAGUUUGCCACCGAUAGGACGUCUAUGCCAUCUGCAAAUAUUAUUAGGAGCUUCAAAAAUGAAGACUUGGCUUCCCACCCGAUUGGUGUUGUAGGAAUUCGGAAAUACCCCCUUCUAUUCAAUGUAUCCAUCCCUCACCAUGAAGAAAUCACCAUGGCGGAGCUGAGGCUCUACACUUUGGUGGAGCAGGACCGAAUGCUCUAUGAUGGGCUUGACCGGAAGGUCACCAUUUUUGAAGUGCUGGAAAAUGACCACAUGGGUGUAGGAGAAGGGAGAAAGACAGUGGCGCUGGCAUCUAGGCAGAUCUAUGGCAAAAACAGCGAGUGGGAGACCUUCGAGGUCACCGAAGCCAUCAGGCGCUGGCGAAGGGCUGGCCUAACCACACACCGGCUGGAAGUUCAUAUAGAGAGCAAGGAAGGGGAGGAGCAGAACGGAGAGGGGAAACUCGAUAUCGACAUCAACUCUGAGGCCAAGCAUGUGCCCUUGUUGAUUGUGUUCUCCGAUGACCAAAGCAAUGACAAGAAAGAGGAGAAGCAAGAACUGAAUGAAAUGAUAGACCACGAGCAGCUCCUGGACUUGGAGAACCUGGAGGUCGGCAACUUCCACAACCGGCCUGGCGAGGAGGCACUGCUCCAGAUGCGCUCCAACAUCAUUUACGACUCUACUGCCCGGAUCCGGAGGAACGCAAAAGGCAACUACUGCAAAAAGACUCCGCUCUACAUAGAUUUCAAGGAGAUUGGCUGGGAUUCCUGGAUCAUCGCCCCAGCGGGAUACGAAGCCUACGAGUGCCACGGAGUGUGCGCCUACCCCUUAACGGAGCAUGUCACACCAACGAAACAUGCCAUUGUCCAGACUUUGGUUCACCUGAAGAAUCCCCAGAAAGCCUCUAAGGCCUGCUGCGUGCCCACCAAGCUCGAUCCCAUCUCUAUUCUCUACUUAGAUGCAGGGGUUGUCACCUACAAGUUCAAAUAUGAGGGCAUGGUGGUAUCAGAGUGUGGCUGCAGAUAGUAGGAGGGAACGCAUGCACGGGGGAGUGCACAGGGAAAGUAUUUAACGAUUCAGUUUGUAAAUUUGUACAUUUUGGAUUUCCUAUUUAAUAAGGUUAUUUAAUGAGGCAUGUACAGAUAAUUGUAUGUUUCCUGUCACGGGGAAUGGGCAAGUCAUAUGACUGUAGGGAAUGUAUAUUUUGUUCCAUUGCUUGCUUCUUGCUAUUCUUUCCUGUCCAAAUUAUGACUGAGUCUCUCCUCAUAUCAGGGCACAGGCCAGAUCACUGGAUUGUUUUGGGGGGCUCUUCAUGCCAAAAAGGGGCAGAUUCAAAUUCAUAGAAAUAAAGCCACAUAUUUUUGUACUUUUUAAAUGUUGAUUGGCAUCUAUUUCCAGAGCUAUCAAAGCUAGGUGAGUUAUGGGUGAUGCAUACCUAGAUUGUUUAGCUGUUGUGUAACAUCUCUCCAAAUCUUUACAUGCCCAGAUGCCUUUGAAAAAUGAUCUCUGUAGAUCUUAAGUCCUGAUAAGUCUCAGGCUCCUAAAUCACAGAGGUAUAACACAUUGUUAGUUUUUUUUUUUUUAUUUUGUCCUUUCUUUAGUCUUUCCCAAACUUGGUUAAAGGUAAAAGGCAUCUUGUCAGGGAUGGUUUGGCAUCCAGAGGAUAGAAGAGAUCUAUUUCCCUUCCUGUCUUUCUUAGUAAAGCAAUGGGCCCAGGAGCGAUGCCAGGCUUGUGCAGUGCUCUGACAGGCAGUGGCAAGAAAAGCUCUUUGGGCACGUUUAUCGCAAAAGCACCCUACGUAAAACAGCGCUGGCUUUGUCACGUUAGCCAUGUGGCGUUUCUCACGGCCCAGAGCUUUAGGUGGUAUACAUCGGUGCAUUAACUCUCUUCAGUCCUUGAAACUGUGCCGGUUUGUACCAGCUAAGAAACUUGUUCCCCCAGCCAGUCCAGUAAGUUACAUACAAUACAUCUGUGUAAUCCAGCUCAAACUGCAAAGUAAUAUUGCAUGUAGUCUGCACAGAGCUAGAUAGAAAAGGAAACCCCUUCAUGCCAGCUAGAUAGAAAGGAUCUUUCCUUUAUGCAUGUGCUCAAGUUGUCAAUUCAUAAAGAUAUUGCCCCCCCAAACUAUAUAUGAUGGAGUCACAUGCCAUGUUUCCGCCACUCUUCUGCAACAAACCAUGGUGAUAAGAAGGUGUCAGAGCUGAGAAACAAUAGACCCGUCACUUUAUUUAUACUAAGCUGCAAAUUUGUCAGAUUCUUGGGAAAGUGUAAGUGAUGUUGACUCUUUUAGCCUGUAGCAGAGCCUACUGUACUGUCCCUGCAUCUGUUUUACACUUUUAAGGGAAAGUUAUCUUCACUGCAAGUGCUAAGGGUCUUUGAAAGAAUCCCUCUAGCACUUCAGGGGAAUGAACACAAAAGACUUUAUCAAGCACUAACUAAAACCAGUUUCACCUAUUUUUCACACAUAUUCUUCUGUGCUUCCCAUAAUUUAUUGAUCUAUUUAUUGACUGCCUGCCUUUGUAAUAUAAUGUAGAAUACAGAAUGUUUUAUUUUUGUGCUUGUAUGUAAUCCCACUUGGAUAAAACCUUGCACCAAUCCUAUUUUACACGGAAUCUCUCUGUCGAAUUGUGCUGCACAGAGAUUGGGUUGUUGAUUUCUUUUUCCAUGCUAGAUGUUUGCAAAUACCAUAUAUAUCACAGUUAUCUCUCUUGCUUACAGCCUGUUCACCGUAGUGAUUUAAAUAGCAUUCUAGAACACAUACGGUCUUGUCCAAUAUUUAACUACUCUUGCGGGGUUAUUAUUUCUUUAAGUGGUCAGGUUGUGUAGUUUAUUGUAGAGUUAUGCAGUCUCCACUCGGGCUGUGUGUUUCCAGAUAGCGGGCUGCACCACGGGACUAUAUUGCUUUAUGCCUGCUAAGGAUCUUGCCCGCGAGUGGCUGACACUGCUCACAGACCUUUCCCCUGAGCUACACUGAAAUCGUAGUCUGUGAUUAAUGGCAGGUUAAAAGAAUUCAUAAGAGGUGUGAUAUUUUGCUCUGCUGACAUGAACUGCUGUAGCCAACGGUUGAAGUGUCACCACAUAGAUCCUUUCAAACUAUCCACUCUUCUUAUGAAGCUAUUUGCCAAGACAAACCAUUCACCUUGUUAGGAGUGAUAAUCCAGCAUUAGGGAGAUAAUCUACCAUUUGCUUUUAUCAUCUCUUUUCUGCGACUGUUCUCGUCACAGUGAUCUGACCGGUGUGUUUUUGCACCACGGUCCUUUAUACGCUAUAUUAUGGAACUAUGCCAAUGUGUGUAGAGAUGUCAUUUUAUCAGUGAGUAAAACCGCAUCUAAGAAUUUUUACAAGAUCAGUAAAAAUUGCAAUGAAACCAAUUUGAGAUUAGGGGCCAGCCAGUCUUUUUGAUAUUAGUAACUUGUCUUUAUAUUGAAACAUGGACUGUGCUGCUAAUUGAAGAGAAUCUCAGACAGAAUUUGUGAUGAAAACCAGUAAAACGGAAGAUGUAUCCUGUGUGCUAUUUUGGGAGAAAUUUGAGCAUCUUGUGACUCCCACAGCUGCAACUAUGUUGUUCAUCAUCUGAGAUCAGAGCUAUUCAGAGUAUUAUUUCAUUUUAUCAAUGAUUGCCUCUCAGAAUUGCCUGCUUUAUUGGCAAAACCUUACCUUACCAUUGAAAAUAACUAGACAAAGACAUCUGCUGGGUGUUCCUGCAGCCAGACAGCAGAAAUCAGGCAAAAUAACACAGGAAAAUGGGGACAGUUAUUUUAUCACACUAUUUCCUUAAAUAACAAAUUAAGGCUGUUACUGCAAACUCAAAUGUACUUGCUUUUAAACAUGUAUGUGGUCCUCUCCAUAUAGCUAUGACACUCACAAAUAGUAUGGUAAGUGCAUGACAAGAGCCAGUACUGCAAAUCCACAAGUGUCAGUAAUGUCAGCAGAAAGUCCCUCAAAAAUAUCCCAGUGCAUAUUUUCUUUUUCCUUCUUUCUUUCUUUCUUGCUUUCCUCCUUCCUUCCAUCUACCCACUCAUCCAUCCAUGCAUCUAUAUUAGUACUUUGGCUUCCUCUGUUUCUUAAACAAUUUAUUUUUCUCAUUAAAUAGUAGUGUGCCUUGAUUUUCUUUUCAUUUCUGAUCUAUUUUAUGUCAACCUGCUAGCAGAGUCCUGACUUAAAUUUUAAUAACAAAAAUCAAAUUUUAAAAGGUUUUGUAAAAAUAUGACUUCAGUAUGGAAAUAUCUAUCCAGCCAGCCAGACAGUCAUCCUUCCCUACAUUAUUGCAUGCAACUAAAGGAAGCAGCAACCCUUUCUCACAGAAAUCAUCAACAUCAGUUGGAUUUUCACUUUCAUCAGUUUAUAAUUUAAUACAUACGGGCAACCGUAAGCAGAUGUGAAGCUUUUUUUGUGCUGGAUGCUGUAAAAAAUGCCGGGAAGUGCUUAUGGCCCAAAUAGACAGGACAGACAAAGGGUAGGAGCCGAAAAAAUGAAUUAAAGAGAGGAAGAGCAUGGAUAACAUAUCAGCGAGGGAGUUAAGGAUAGAGUUUUGAUCUUGGAUUGCUGCUCUUAAGUCAACACACAAUGUCUACAGAAGAGCACGAGCUUCAAGACAUCUUACUCGUCCCUUGGCCUGUGAAGAAGUCAGCUCUGUCUCCUAUGCAAACACUCAGCACCCACGCCAGAUUCCCCUAAGCACUGGGAAGCCUGAUGUUGCCUUAAAUGAUCCAUAUCUCUUAGUUAUCCACACGUGGACUAAAACUUGCUCAAGGAGCAGAUUUUUCCCCAAAGCUUCCUUGCACUAUCCCUUUCUUGGGCGCAGUCCCUGGAGCCCAGGCUCACUCCACCUGCUGUGCUUCCCCUAGCUGAUUGAGAAUGCAGAUUCCUGGCUGCUUGAGCAUUAAAGCUCAACAGCUCAGCAAUGACUUUUUCUGGCACCGCUGCCCCAGCCCUGCCAGCCCCCUCGCUCUGGGCAGACGGGCCGCUUGGGACAGUUAGCUGAGCCUGGGCAGGACAGGCAGAGCCCCGUGCCGUCCUGGCACUGCCCUUCCUACAUGGUUCAGAGAGCGAAGCCAACUGAAAACUCCAGCAGUCUAGAAAUAUCAAAAGGUCCUACAAUUUUGAGCAGCAUCAGGCAUUUUGGUGCCUAGCUCACCUACAGCACAAUGAAAGAGGCUCUAUUAAGUAUCUUCUGCGCAAAACACGGAGCCAAACCCUAGCUAAAUCCAUCAUUUAUGAAAAAAAAGAGAUUUCCUGGCACUUGAACAGCUGCUUCAAGCAUUUGAAAAACUACAGCCCAGUGUUAAUUUAAACUUCCUUAUAACCCUGUUCAACAUUUGGAGAGCAAACACUGUUAAUAGGAUGGGAACUGUGGUGGUGGUGGUUUGCUUACUAUAUUGAGAAACAAAGCCAGAACAAAACUAGCUUGAGAUAGAGGUUUUGUUUACAUUGCUGACCCAUCUGUCUUCAUUAAUGCACUAUUUACAGGAAAAGUUAAAAAAUUAGCUUCUGCUCCUUCUUCAAUUGCAACAGCAACAAAUAAAGGCUGAAUGGUUCGUUUGCCCUCAACUAAAAAUGGACAUUCUUAUCAAAACCCCUUGGAAGAAGUUGUUUAUUAUGUGAAGCAUAUUACUGUUGAGUCCUAGCGCUGGACCCAGGCAUUUUGGCCAGAGCCGUGUAUUUCUAGCACAAGCGAUGUCGGGAGCAAAGGGAGAUCAGGGAAGUGCCUACAUCUGAAACAACGGCACCCUACGUGCUGGCUGCAGAAAGCAGAAACCACCAAUAACACUUGGCCCUUGUCUUGGCCUAAACCCCUGCCUCUAAGUCUAAGGGAGAAAUAAUGUUGUUUUUUUUCUUUUAUUAACCUGCACAGGGUAACAGGGUGUGAUUCCCCUGGGUAUUGAGAGGGGACACAUCCAAGGCUAAGCGAGGAGAGGUGGCGUGGGGCGAUACCCCUUUCUCUUACCUGCAAGUCAAGGGACCACACACACGUGCUUCAAUUUCUAGCAUUCAGACGCCUACAUGAGGACAGAUGACUGCCACCCUAGAUAUACCCAUCCCAAGUUUUCAGCCAAAAUGAGGCAGGUUCACAAAAACCUGCUAGCAAGCCAGUUUAACUUGACAGGGAAAAACAGCCAGAUAUGGUCAUACCUUUAGCUGGCAAAGCUGUAACCCAAAGAGGCUCUGAAUUUAUGGCCUACCACCACUGUACUUGCUUAUACCUGGCCUGUUUCGUUCUGAGCUCCCCACAGCCCUGCACUGUGCUCCGCAGAUACGCCGCUAAUAGGUGUAAAAUCCUACUGAAAAUAAAACCAUCUGCAGCUGUUCUUCAGCCCACGCAAGAGUAGGUUGCAAACUCAUUGGAAUAGAGACAUCCAUGAAAAAAGAAACCCUCAAACCUCUCAGUCUAUAAACCAGAAAGUCCAUAAUUUCAAAAGCAGCCAGGUAUUUCUGAGUUAACAGCCCAUGUGCACAUCCCAAUCCGGGGUUAGGUUUUCAAAUGAACUCAAAAUCCCAGGCAUGUUCUGGAAGCAAAUCUGUCUCUUAGGCACCUUGUACCAGUCUCUGUCAUCCCUUCGGCCCCCUCUCCCUCUCCUUCAUCCCUGUAUCACUCUCCCUCUACUUCCGCUCAGGCAAGAUCCAUCUCCCUGCAAGAUGUUCCCAAGGGAGCGAGGCUCGAGGCACGUAGCGUGGCCGCCCAGCGGCCAAGCAUCCUUCGCACGGCCGAGCAGCUUGCUCUGGAGACGCAAGGCUAUCAAAAAGCAAGAGGAGCAGCCGCUAGAAUUACUGCUGCUUCUCUCAGAUAAAAGUGGAUGGAAAAGUCCACCUUUUGAUACCCCUGUCAAGAAGAUGCAUAGUGGGAGGGGGUCCAGCUUUCCAUGCUGAGCCUUGUUAACACCCCCUGCAGCAACAGAGUGCGUUUGCUCUCACAGGCACCCUAUUAAGUAAGAGCUUAUUCUACUGCCUUUCAAGGAGUCACUUCAAAUGUCAAGGAAAGCAGAAUUUAAUCUAGCGAUUAGCUGUGAAAGUUUCCGCCUCCAAGCCCAUGUCACCACACAGCACUGCUGGCAAAAUUCAUCAGGAUAUAGCUGCGUUAUUCCAGUAAAGUGAAUUACUUUUUCGAGCGGACAAUGCCAGAAAAUAUAGAAGAGUGCUGCUAAUGUGUACACUCUAAUAUAUCCAGCGGGUGAUAAAUCACAUCCAGCUCGAGCCAGACGAGCUCACAUUGGAAAUGGGAAGUUUGCCUGUUUGUUUUAAGCUGUUGGAUACAUGCCCAAUGCGAUUCUGUUCACAACGCAAAUUGAUCAACCUCCUGUUCAGCAUUUCAAGGGCUUAGCGGGACCUUUGAUUGCAUUUUUUUUAAGUAAACAAAGGAAAUAUGGAGAAUAAAAGUAAUCAACAUGGCUGCAAUAAAGGAAAUGAUAUGAGAGGAAUGGAUUUCCGUGACACAGAGCAAUGCUUCCUGAAGAGAAGGUUUUUUUUCUCUCUCUAGCUCCAAGGAUUAUAUUUUCUGUGAUGGCCCAAGAUAUGGCCAAUGAAGGCAGCAUACUAUAUUUUAUUUUAAACGAGCAGUUGCAGUGCCAUUAUUCCAAUACAUUUCAGAGGAGCUGCUGCUUGUCGCGUCUGCAGUGACUUUUAGGACGAGAUAGACCCUGUGGGAUGAGCGGCGCGAGCCACCCUGCUUCAGUGCCCUCUCCAGAGCUACCCAAGCAAUGUCACCCGACUCCGUGCGGCUGAGGCUGUCCAGGACAUGAGCUUCAGAUGGUGUUGAAAAGAUAUGUGUCGAGUUAAGUGAGAAGGUUUAAAUACAGGGUGGUCUCUGAAAUCCAGUACAGUAGCUAACUAGCAACAGCGGCUAAACAACAACCCCAUCUUCCAUAGCUCACAGGUUUAUGUUGGCUUUGCUGUAGCAACUCCUUAUCUUUCCAGAGAUUAGAGCAUUUUAGAUCAGUUGUUGUGAGAUUUGGUGGAAUCCAUUUCCUGAGCUGUCACCGCUGGCUAAUCAGGCAAAGUCAAAAUACAAAGAGAGUGGGAAAGUGAAAGCAGUUAUUGCAAUAAUGAAUGUGCUCUAUUAGCUUUUAUCGUUACCAGAUUUUACAUGUCUGGCACAAGAUACAGAUAUGGAGAGCCUUGCAGGCUGAAAUGUAAGCCGUCGAGGCUGUGAGCAGAGCUAGU